AUGAAGUUUGGAAAAGAAUACGAAACGCAGAUGAUCCAAGAAUGGCGUGAAGCCUACAUGGAUUACCGUUCUCUCAAAGCCCUCGUCAAACAGAUCCUCCGUCACCACCUCCAAAAACAACAACGUCCACCUCCACCUCCUCAUCCUCCUCCUCCACAAAAAGGAGAAACCGAACCGGUCCAAUCCGACAACACCGUAAACCAACUCGGAGAAGGAACCGGUCCAACAGGGUUAUCAAGAACCAUAUCACUCUACCGCGCAUUCAGCGGUCUCACAAACCGAGCCAGAGGCUCCCCAAAGAAAUCACACAAACACAACAACCCUCUAAGCAGCAAACGCCACCACCAUUACCAUCUCUUCGACGACGACGAGGAGCAAGUCAUCCUCAUCAACGAGGACAAGACGGGAACCUACACGACGACGUUUCUAUGCUCAGCUGAGGAAGGAGGAGAGAUGGACGUUCAGUUUUUCAGGCGGCUUGAUGGAGAGCUCAACAAGGUUUUGAGAUUCUAUAAGCAGAAAGUGGAGAGUGUUAUGGAAGAAGCUGAUGAGCUUAGUAGACAACUUAACGUUUUGAUUGCUCUUAGAGUUAAAGUUGAGAAUCCAAACAUUGUUUUUCCUAACAUUAGUGCUGUCUCUAGUACUCAAUCUUCACCACUUUCAACCCCUAGGGCUCCAGUCACAUCCAGAAUCAUUUUUGUGAAUGUUUUGAUAUGUGUAGCCACUUCACCAUUGGAUGUGAUCAAAGAAGUGGAACAGACUGAAGAUAAGAAAGUCUACAAACCUGCUCGAGUAGAGAUUUUGGAUCACAUAAAGAUUAAAAUCGAACACGAAACCCCGUUGCAAACUCUUAAAUCCAUGAUCAUGGGUAUCACAAGUGAGCAAACCUUCAGCAAAGUUGAGCUUAAGAGAGCUGAGGAGCUUAUGAGCCGUGCUUUUGUUGAGUUCUAUCAGAAACUUAGGUUCUUAAAGAGUUAUUGCUUCUUGAAUCAGUUGGGAUUUUCAAAGAUACUAAAGAAGUAUGACAAGACUACUUCAAGAAAUACAUCUAAGCCUUAUCUAAACACAGUGGAUCAUUCUUAUUUAGGAAGCUGCGAUGAGGUCUCGAGGCUCAUGUCUAGAGUGGAAGCUACGUUUAUUAAACAUUUCGCCAAUGGAAAUCACCGAGACGGGAUGAAAUCUUUAAGGCCUAAAACUAAGAGGGAGAAACACAGAGUCACAUACUGCCUCGGCUUCUUGUCUGGUUGCGCCGCGGCUCUAGCCAUUUCAAUCGUGGUUGUUGUACAUAUAAGAGGCAUAACAAAAAGUGAAGGUAGACAUCAGUACAUGGAGAACAUCUUCCCUCUUUACAGCUUGUUAGGGUUCGUUGCGGUUCAUCUGUUUAUGUUUGCUGGAGACAUAUACUUCUGGAGUAGAUAUAGAGUAAACUACCCUUUUAUCUUUGGUUUUGAGCAUGGGACUGAUCUAGGUUACAGAGAAGUUCUUCUUCUUGGCGCUGGUCUAGCAGUUCUAACAUUCGGAGGAGUACUCUCGAAUCUUGACAUGGAAAUGGAUCCAAGAACAAGAAGUUUUAGUGUCAUCACGGAGCUAGUUCCUUUAGCUCUUCUCCUCUGCUUGAUGACGGUUGCGUUUUGUCCAUUUAAUAUAAUAUAUCGUGCAAGUCGAUAUUUCUUCAUCGGAUGCGUCGUCCGUUGUGUUUUAAGCCCGCUCUACAAGGUAACGUGCAAUCCAAGUAAUCUCUUUAUUGGUUUGGUUUGGCAGGUGCAAGCAUUCAGAAACUUAUUGUUUUAUGUUUGUUAUUAUGGAUGGGCUGGAGAUUUCAAGAAACGAACACAUGAAUGCUAUGAGAGUGACAUUUAUAAAAAACUCUACCUUAUCGUUGCCAUUGUUCCUUACUGGUUUCGCUUUGCUCAGUGUAUAAGGAGGUUGGUUGAGGAGAAAGACAGAAAUAAUGGUAUAAACGCGCUAAAGUAUCUCUCGACUAUAAUAGCGGUUGCGGCUAGGACAGUCUUCGAGAUGCAUAAAGGGACGUACUGGCUUACGUUGGCUGUAACAACGUCCAUCAUUGCCACAUUGUUCAAUACUUAUUGGGACAUUUUCAAGGAUUGGGGUCUCAUGAACCGCAACUCCAAAAACCCUUGGCUCCGUGACAAACUCUUAAUCCCUCACAAAAGUACUUACUUCAUUGUCAUGGUGGUGAAUGUGGUCCUGAGGCUGGCGUGGAUGCAGACGGUUCUUGGGAUUAGAGACGCUCCAUUUUUGCAUAAAAGAGCUUUGAUUGCUGUUGUUGCCACCUUAGAGAUUAUUCGUCGUGGCAUUUGGAACUUCUUCAGGUUGGAGAAUGAGCAUUUGAACAAUGUUGGCAAGUACAGAGCCUUCAAAUCUGUACCUUUGCCUUUUCAAGAAGCUGGAGGAAACAAGAGCAUGUAA